CUAUCGCAUUCUUGACUGUUGUAGGCAGGCAGCUUUUGAAUAGGUAAGAUGGCGGCUGCGGCAGUGGUUGAGUUUCAGAGAGCUCAGUCUCUUAUUAGCACGGAUCGUAACGCCUCUAUUGAUAUUCUACAUUCUAUUGUGAGGAGAAAUAUCCAGGACAGUGAUGAAGAAUCCGUUCGGGUUAAAGAACAGAGCAUCCUGGAGCUGGGGUCACUCCUGGCCAAAACAGGACAGGCUGCAGAGUUGGGGGGUCUGCUGAAGUUUGUGCGGCCGUUCCUCAUCUCCAUCAGUAAGGCCAAGGCGGCCCGGCUUGUCCGCUCCCUGCUGGACCUCUUCCUGGACAUGGAGGCAGCCACAGGCCAGGAGGUGGAUCUGUGUCUGGAAUGCAUUGAGUGGGCCAAGGUGGAGAAGAGGACCUUCCUCAGGCAGGCUCUGGAGGCCCGCCUGAUUUCACUCUAUUUUGACACCAAAAGAUACCAGGAGGCCUUGGCGCUUGGCACCCAGCUGCUCCAUGAGCUGAAGAAGAUGGACGACAAGGCGCUGCUGGUGGAGGUGCAGCUGCAGGAGAGCAAGACGUACCACGCGCUUAGCAACCUGCCCAAGGCCCGCGCCGCCCUCACAUCCGCCCGCACUACGGCCAACGGAAUCUACUGUCCCCCCAAGCUGCAGGCCGCCCUGGACAUGAUGUCAGGGAUCGUCCAUGCGGCUUCGGAGAAGGACUGGAAGACUGCCUACUCCUACUUCUUUGAGGCCUUCGAAGGCUACGACUCCAUCGACCACCCUAAAGCCAUCACCGGUCUCAAAUACAUGUUGCUCUGCAAGAUCAUGCUUAGCCUACCAGAAGAGGUGCAGUCCCUGAUUAGCGGAAAACUGGCCCUGCGGCAUGCGGGCCGACAGACGGAUGCACUGAAAUGCGUUGCACAAGCCAGCAAGAACAGAUCAUUAGCCGACUUUGAAAAGGCCCUUACGGAAUACAAAGCAGAGUUGAGGGACGACCCCAUCAUCAGAACCCACCUGGCCACGCUGUAUGACAACCUGCUGGAAGGGAACCUUAUCCGUGUCAUCGAACCCUUCUCCAGAGUACAGAUUGAACACAUAUCAGGUCUCAUCAAACUUUCAAAGGCGGAUGUCGAGAGGAAAUUGUCACAGAUGAUCCUGGACAAGAAGUUUCAUGGGAUCCUGGACCAAGGCGAGGGUGUCUUGAUCAUAUUUGACGAGCCACCUGUGGACAAGACUUAUGGCGCGGCCCUGGAAACUAUUCAGAACAUGAGCAAAGUUGUGGACUCGCUUUACAACAAAGCGAAGAAGCUAACAUAGAACAAAUGGCGAGACCACAGCAGCACAGUGGCGGAUGUGUGUGUGACCAGCGUGUGUAACAUUUUAAGAAAGGGACAAGGGAGAGUGACAAAACAACAAGUCCCACAACAAACUGCAACAAAAACAGGAUUCCCGGUUCCCCCUCAUGAAAGUUCCCCCUCAAUGGACAAUUUCAUAAUCUCUUCUCCUUUUUUCUUUUCUUUUAGGAUUCUGUUAAAAUCUCAUCGGCCACAGCAGGCCAUCAGGGAAUAUUGUACAACCACAAAAUAUUAAGAAAGAUUAAAUACACUUUUAUCUCCUGUAGAAUAAAGAUUGGGCUUAUAAAGCCUCCAGCUGACUCUGUUACCACCCACAAAGGUGCAAUAUCGACCACAAGCAAGCGCCACCAAUCACGCUUCUUUUACAUGCAGGGACAAGGCUUUUGGUCAAGGCGGUCCCCCCCCCCCCUCUGUUCAUAUCUUUCGAAAGCACAUGGUUUUUAGCUAGUUAGAGGUAGGUUAGAAAAUAUUGGGAUAUCCCGGCAGUUACAUUUGGUCAAAGAGCUCCCUCUAGCUCUUGCUGUUCUCAUCAUAUCCAUGCCAACAGUCAGUCCAAUUCCCCUACAUGACAUUUCAAAUGGUUGUCAACCUCACUUCAUUCGGAUUGCAUUUGUUUUGUAACUAAAAUAAAUUGCCUGACACUAUUUGUCCCCUUCUUAAGUACAUAGAGCAGAAUGGAUGCCAUUUCACAAUGCCAGUGGCCCCUUUUCGGCCCUCUGCUUUGCCUCAACGUUUGGCUGCAACAUAAUUUAGGGGUAUAGAAAUGUGAGAUUUAUUGUUUUGCCUCUGAGCGUCUGUGUGAACCGAAGUGAACGAUUAUCCAUUGUUAUUGCCUAGCCCUAGUGUGGUAUGCUAGUAACCAAACAAUUGUUUCGUUUCAUUUGUCAUUUUCAAAAAUAAAUAUUUUGUAUUUUUAA